AUGUCGCUGUUGAGCUAUAUUUGGGUCUACCGUUCCACCAGUGAAGAUCUGUGUCUGGAUGUUUCCCAUGAACACACAGUGAAGGAGCUGAUGGACACGUCCCUUCAUUCAAAAAGGAGAGCAGAGAGACUGUGGACCUAUCAGACCUGCACUGAGUUUGGCUUCUAUCAGACCUGUGAGGAUGCCACUUGCCCAUUCUCGGGGAUGCUGACCCUGCAGGCCCAGAGUAAGCUUUGUCCCGUGCUGUUUGGUAUUUUCCAGCACUCCCUUCCUGGAAACAUCGCCUCCACUAACACCUAUUAUGGGGGAGACCAACCAGCGACGAGCAGAGUGCUCUAUGUCAACGGUGGAAUUGAUCCGUGGCAGGCAUUGUCAGUGGUCCACAGCAGGACUGAGGAAGAGGAGCAGAUUGUCUUCAUUGAGGACACUGCACACUGUGCUGAUAUGAUGAGCAGACGGGCCUCUGACCGCAACUCUCUGAAGAAAGCCAGACAGGAGAUUAGCAAUCAUGUUGCCAAGUGGCUGAGGAUGGCUGCCUGGGAGAAGAUGAACAAAACCACGGUCUGAUCAGAGCA